AUGGGUUGGGAGGAGGAGGAGGGAGGGGGCUGUGGCUAUGAAAGGUCUACAGGAGGGGUCCUUCUGUGCAACAGGCUGACGCUGGGGGAACUGCGGGAGGUGCUCCGGCCUCUUGGACGUUUCCGUGUAACUUCCUGUGAACUUAAUUCCUUCAGAAUACAAGUUCACACCAAAAGCACACAAGCAGGGCUUAGAGUGUACACAUCGGACCACUCGCGCGACUCUGCACGGACAGUCCCCGCUCUCCUGGUGGGGACACCUAGAGGCCGCAGCCGGCCCAGCCGGCGGCCGCGGAAAAACCGCGCGGGGGCAGAGCCGAGAGGAGCGCGCAAGGGGGCUUCUUUUGAUUGGGCAACGGAGGUGCCCGUCACACCAGAGGGGCCGGGCUUUCUGGGGGCGGGUCUCGUCACGAGUCGAGCUUGGUCAUUGGCGAAGCCAGCCGGAAGGGGUGGGCAGGAAGGCGGUGCUCCGCGGCUUCCGGUGGGCGCGCUGAAGGGACGUGAGGAGGCCGGCGCGGGGGCGGUCAGGGCGGGGCUCGACGCGCCGGGACGACGCCCCGGCCUUGUGGUCACCGCCCACCUUUCCCGGACUCCGCCCCCCGCCCCUCUGGUUCCUGGGCCUGGCCAGAGUCCCCGUUCCCCGAGUCCCCGGGAGCCUACGCCCUCUCCCGGGGAGAGGCCGAGGAGACGCCUCCACCGAGUCCAGGCCCCUGGAGACCUCGGGGGCUCCGUCGGGCGCCCCUCCCGCCGCUCCCGGCAGGAUUCCCCGCACUGUCCUGAGGGCGUCUGGCGCUCGAGAAGGCCAGGGACAGUGUAUUGGGGGUCCCCAGGGGCCUGGUGUGGCCUGCUGGGAAGGAGUCCUGCCCAAGCACGCCUGUUCUCCAGGACAACCUGUGGUUGCAGCCAUCGGCCAUCAGUGCCUGCCUGCCUGCCUCUCACCUGGGAAGUCAAGGGUCCCCACGGGCCUGGGAAGCGCCAGGAGGGUGCUGGCUCUCGCGAGAUCUGGGGCUUCCCGUUGAGCAGCCUUCACCCUUCCCUGCCUGAGGAUGUGGUCCACAGCGCCCCGCUCCCCCUUCCCCCCCCCCACCCGCCCCGGCAGGAUCAGGUGUCAGCCCUCUCCAGCCGCCGCCGCCGCCGCCUUUCCUGCCAAACGUUCCUCACCAAGAGGGUCUCCCAGCUCCUGGGUGACGCUGCCCAGACCUGCUCAACGCCCAGCGCCACCACCCACCGUUCUGGCCAGUCCUUGCGGUGGCUGCUCUUUGUUCGGCUCCAGGAUGGCCCGCCUUCUAGUUGGAGCCGCAGAGCAAAUGCAGUGCCGGUCACCAGACCCCAUGUGUGCCCGGAACCAGCAGCUCUGGGACCCCAACACCCGAGCACGUUCUGGCUGUGGGAUCAGAUGGGGGGGUAGCCUUUGGCUUGCAUUUUCCGCGGCCCCCUCCUGCACCCCCUUUUCCUUUGCGUCGUUGGGCUUUCCUUGUUGACUGGUUCAGGCUCUCUAUGCGUUAACGAUAUGAGCCCUGAGUCGCGUCUUGCUACUAUUUUUUUGCCCCGCUUUGUCACUUGUGUCUUGACUUUGUGGUUUGGGGUUUGUGUUUGGCCAGGCAUACGAUUUUAGUGUUUGUAUCAUCAGACUUUCCGGGCUUCUCCUAAUGGCUCCUGGGGCUUCUCGUCGGUUUGUUUGCUUCAGACUGACUUGGAGUGGUCUUCUCCAUUUAAAAUCAUCGUGUAUUAGUUACCCGUUGCUGCAUAACAGAUUACCCCAAUCGUAGCACCUUAACGCAGCCAACCGUCGUACUCUCCUGCGUGUGUGAAGGACAGGAUUCUAGAAGGCUUGGCUGGGGGCUUCUGGCUUGGGGUCCAUCACAGGCUUCAGUCGAGGCCUCCGCUGGGGCCACAGCCCCCUGGUCUGCCUAGGGUGUGGGGAUGGGCGGGGGCAGCUCUGCUUCCAAGAUGGCCUGCGUGGCUGUGGCGGGGCCUCGGGCCUCCCCCUCCCCCCGGACCUCUCCCUAGGGCGGCUCAGGGCGGGGCUUCGCCAGAGCCCACGACCUAGGACAGAGCAGCCCCGAGAUCAAGGCCGCAGUGUUUCUCUAAGAACUUCAGCUCGAAGUGACACCCCCUCACCUCUGCUGUAUUUUUAUGGCUCACACGGGUCAACCCAGGAACAGCGGAGGAAGGGACGGUACCUGCUAGGGCGUAGCUUGUUCGCGUUCAUGGCGGAUGAGAAGGCUCCAAGGAGUGUCCUCGCUCCUGAAUCUGGGUGCGGGACUCCUGGUCCGCACAGGCCCCUUGGGAAUGCGUCCUUUGUCUGAGCGGGGGUGGCAGGUUCCAGCCCGGGACUGAGACAGGCAAGGCCUGUGUUUGUAAGGGCAGAGAGUGGCUUUUCACCUUUCAACGGUCGCAGACAAAACACACAAAAAGCCAGAGAAAGAGGGACUUCCCUGGUGGCGCAGUGGUUAAGAAUCCGCCUGCCAAGGCCGGGGACACGGGUUUGAGCCCUGGUCCAGGAAGAUCCCACAUGCCGCGGAGCAACAAUGCCCGUGCGCCACAGCUACUGAGCCUGCGCUCUAGAGCCCGCGAGCCACAACUACUGAGCCCGCGAGCCACAACUACUGAGCCUGCAAGCCACAACUGCUGAGCCUGCGAGCCUGAACUACUGGAGCCCGCGCACCUAGAGCCCGUGCUCCGUCCGCAACGAGAGAAGCCACCGCAAUGAGAAGCCCGCGCACCGCAACUAGAGAAAGCCCGCCCGCAGCGACGAAGACCCACCUCAGCCAAAAAUAAAUAAAAUUUUAAAAACAAAAGUUAAAAAAAAAAGAGCCAGAGGAAAGAAAGAACAUGUGACUGGACCCCAGCGUGGCCCACAAAGCCAGCGGUGCGUGCCCCCUGCCCAGGAGUUUGCAGCUCUGGUGGGAGUCCUGGCUAGUUGCGCUGCCGUGGGCGCGGGGGCCGGAAGCGCUUUCUCAUCACAGCAGCCCAUCCACUGCCAGGGCCAUGCAAGUGCGCACCCAGGCCUGGGCCCCAGUGCUCUCCGACCUCCAAGGUCCCCACCCCCUCUCCUUCCCAGUGGGGUGGGGGCGGGGGCAGCUACCUUGCCUGAGGCUGGGAUGGCCUCUCUGUGCCCAUAGGUGCAGGCCCUCCUCUCCCCGCUCCCCUCCCCACCCCACCAGCCUCCCACCGUGCAGCUGGGAAGUGGGUAGGGGCAGGGAGCAGAGAGGGGUGGGCCCCAUUGUGAGGGUGCAGGCUGGCGAGCCCCUUGUCCUCAGUGACCACGCCAGGUAGCCCCGGGCUGGGUUGUGAUGGCUCAGCAGUGGCAGGCGCCAGCCCGGGGUGGCAGCCGAGUGUCCCUUUGGUCCCAGGAAGGAGCUCCCACUGUGGCCAAGGGAGAGGUGCCCGCCGCAUCCUUCUUGGCUGGGACUCAGACGUGACUCCCUGAUGACACGCUUGGUGGCUCUGAAUUUGUCACGCAGGUUCUGUGGGCGGUGAGUGCCUUUCCUGUUGGCUCUCGCUGCUGGGCAAUGCCGGGGCCCUUGGCGACAGCUCCCCGGCCCCGUCCAAGGCCGCCAUGCACUUCUUGAACCCCAGGACCGUGGGUGUCAGGAGAGCCGGGCUCUCUGUCUCCGUCCCAUGAGCAGAGGCCGAGGCCGAGGCCGUGCUUGCUGGGCCCGGCCUCCUGGCUGUGGUGGUGGCUGCCAGGGACACCCUCCGGCCGGGAUGGGGGGCCGCAGGGUCCUGGGGCUCCGGGAGAUGCUCGGGCCCGCUGAAGCCCCACACUCCUGGGCCAUCUGACGGUCCCCCUAAGUAGAGCCACCUUCCAGUCCCUCAGCUCUGGGCAGAAGGAACGACAAGGCGGGCCCGGCUUCCCUGCAGUCUUCCCUCUGAGGUGGCCUGCCCACGGGGGCCCAGGGCACUGCGUGGGCGCGGGUCCUCCCUUGCCCGGGGGAGCUCUUCCUAGCAGCCCGCUCUGUGGAUGGGCAUAAUCAGGGCAGCAGCCAGGCCCUGUGCCCACCCAGCCGCUACCCCCCUGCAGUGCUCAUCCUUGGCCCUCACCCUCUCCGCCCGCCCGAGGACCUGGGUGCCUCUCCCCCCCCCCCCCCCCCGCUGAGCACGGGCGUCUGUACCUGGCCCGUCCUCAGUAGGUGCGCCGACCCAAGGGCAGUCCCCCAGCCCCGCCCAUUGUUUAGCGCUGUCCUCAGUCCUGCUCCCCUGCCUGGGGCCUCGCUGGGCUUGUGGGGACCUUCCAGACACACACACACACACACACACACUCCCAUCACUGGCUUCAUCGGGGUUCCUGGGGGGUGUGGAGGUGGCUGCCCUGGAGCACCGUGGCCCUGUGCCCUGGAGUUGGGUGAGGCCGCCCGUGCUGGGGGCCUGCAUGGGAAUCCCAAGGGUCUCCAGACGAAUGUCUCCCUUGUUGAAGUGCUGGGGCUCCCUCACUGUCGGGUGGGUGGCAGUCCCAUCCUGAGGGGCCGGUGCUCCCCUUUCCUCAGCCGGGUCCCUCCCAUCCUCCUGGGGGAGCGGGCAGCAGGGAGGGUCGGGUGCAGAGGUGUGGCCAGAGCAGGGGUGGAGGCUGGCCGUGGGGUGUGGGUGGUCAGCUCCACCAUCCCCCUGCCCUGCCUGGACUCAGGCCAGACAGGACCUGCAGGAUGCGGGGCUGCUGCCAACUGGGGCGACCAGCCACCCCCUCCCCAGACUUAGUAGGUGAGAUGGGGCCAGCCUGGGGGAAGGCGUGUGGCUGGGACCUCGUCUCUGCUCCUGGCACCUGCUGGUGAGCGGGGCUCGGGCAUGGGCGUGGGGCCUGUUGGAGCUGGGCCACCACCCCUGCUGGCUCUGGGUGGGUGGCCCGGGCUGGACACCCUGCGUGUGAACCUGGCUGAGGCCCAGGCCUCGCACUUCCCUGUCUCCUAGCGGCCGCGGUGUCCUCUGGGGGAUUUGCUCAGUGGGGCCAGGUCCCAAGCCGUUUGCCCCCAGCAGGAUGGGGUCUCGGUGGUCCUUUUCCUGGUGCCAUCUGCCUGUCCCCCCCGCCCCAGAAGCCCUGGCAGGGAUGGUGCCCCAGUCUCGCUCCCUCCUGACCCCUGCCCGGGCAGGCCUCAGGCUCAGGCCUGGUCUGUCCCGUGGCCUCUGUCCUCAGGGCUGUCGUCAGGGUCCUGUUUCCCCCCAUCCAGGGUGGCAUCUUUUCCCCCGCUGCCGCCUAGCGUGCCUCAUGGCUGCCUGGGUGUGAUGUGGAGUCCGGGGCGGGGACGGAGCCUCCUGUUUAAGCUCAGCCUGGCUCUGGGGCCAUUCUCCCAUGGGGGCCCGUCCAGCAGGCGGGGUUCGGAAAGGACGGGAGACAGGACUGUCUCCUCCUGGCCGACUGGUACGGGGAGCAGGCAGGAGGCUCUGGGUGAGUCGGCGGGAGGGGU